AUGGCCUCCGAAGACGGCGCGUCCGCAACCGCGCCGCCCCCACUACCGUCCACCGCUCCCGAUGUCAUGAACGAUCCUCAGUUCGAUCCUGAUUCCGCCGCCUCCGAGAAGACGGCAGAUGACCCGGAUACUUGCAGGAUAUGUCGCGGCGAAGGAACCAAAGAAGAGCCUCUCUUCUACCCAUGCAAGUGUAGCGGAAGCAUCAAAUUCGUCCAUCAGGACUGUUUGAUGGAGUGGCUAUCGCACUCGCAGAAGAAGCACUGUGAGCUCUGCAAGACGCCCUUCCGCUUCACCAAGCUCUACCACCCGCAAAUGCCCAGCAGCCUGCCGACCACAGUCUUUGUCCGUAGGGCUGUCAUCCACGUACUAAAACAUCUGAUGACGUGGUGCCGCGGCCUGCUGGUGGGCUCUGUCUGGCUACUGUGCCUGCCCUGGUGCAUGCGAGUAAUAUGGCGUGCACUGUUCUGGUGUGGCGACGGAGGCUUUGCUGGCGAUUUGCACCGUGUAUCCAACUACCACCGUCGUUUCGCCGCAUCUACCGGCUCCGCCCCCACAAUUGCGGCAGGCGCAAACGCGACGUCCUCUGCAAACCUCACCGGCCUUUCGCUCGCUCUGGCGCCUUUCUCGCAGACCCUGAACAUGAGCGCUGGCGAGCCGACUGCUUACGUCCUCAUCAAAAAAUUUCUUUUAGGCCUUGGACCCUUUCCUGAUUUCUUCAAUGCUUCCUUUACGAACUCAACGGAUAAUGCCACUAUUUCACACACUAUCUCAAUCAGGCAAGCGACACUCCUAUCGGAUGUCUCUUUCCUCAGAUCCAUUACUUCUCACCCGUCGAUCAACCGGUUGAUUCUCGACAUUAUCGAGGGUCAGAUAAUCACUGUCCUGGUCGUCAUUGCUUUCAUUCUGAUCUUCCUCAUCCGCGAGUGGGUGGUACAGCAGCAGCCCGUCAUAAAUGUGGCUGCUAUGCAGGCCCUCAAUAACCCCGCACCGCGCCCGCAGCAAGCACACCAAGAUGCAGAACAUGAUCCCGUUGAAGAAGAAGAGUUGCCGCACGAGGAGGAUGCAGAUGAUAGCACUGGUGAGGAUGAUCGCUUUAGCGACAUUUCGGAUGAUUCGCUGGAGCAACUUGCCGAGCUCGACAUCACCGCCGAAGAUAGCACUGCCGGAUCCAGCACCGAGUCGCCAGAAAUUGUACGAAAGCUCGCCGACCGCUUCCCUGAAACGGGAAUUGCCGAAGCAUUAGUGCGCUCUCAAUUCGAGAAAGUUGCGGAUCUUCUUGCCCGGGAAGACGAACUGGGGAGAAAGAUACUUAGAAAAGAAUUGUUUCUUUGGGUCGAACUGCUUAGUGACAGGGUCAAAGAAGGUCCACAGGAAACGGCUUUCGAGAACUGGAUCCAGCUGCGCGAUUGGGCAAAGGAACUUGAGGAAAUAAUCGUUCCCCCAUCUCAAAUUGGUAUUGUCAGACCAACACUCUUCGAGCCGGACGGUUUCAACAUGGCCUUCAGUGCAAGCAAGCGCUCUACCGAUUGCGAUAUCAUCCUUCACUCACCCGAGAAUGACGACGAAAUGAUGGGUCCCAUGGAAGGCUCCAGUCAGCAGAGGCCAACCAUGCCUGAACGAGGACAGUCAUUCCUGGCCGCCGAGAUACAGCGUGAUCUGGAAGAAGCGACGCGGAACCUCCCCUCACUACCGGGUGAGCCCGAAGAGCAGGUCGGAGAUGCUGAAGGAGAACGCCGGAGCAACAAGAGCGAGGGAAGCUGGCAACAAAUCAAUGAGUCGGAUGUUGAGAGCAAAGAUCACUCCGCCCUGGAAACCACAGAGCCAGCUGCUCCCAACCAAUUUGACUCUCAAAGCGACAGUAGCGAAGGAUCCAGUACUGCAGGAGCUCGCGCAUCGGAUCAUACGGCACAGUCACUAGCGUCUCUAGCCCCGGCACCGACCGAGCAAACUAUCGUACCCGAUCGUACCCCGAGUCAAGAAAAUGUCCACGUUGCGGAGACGCAACCUCGUGCCAACCAACCCCCUGCAGAUGCAGGCCUCUGGGAACGCACAUACCACUGGUUGUGGGGCGAUAUUGCUCUGACAGACGAAGAUGGAGCCCCCGGUGCAAACGAGGAACAUGUGGUUCAGAACUUGGCGGACGAAGCCCCUUUUGUCCAACGAGAUGCAAUCCUUGGCGACGGUUUUGACGACGUCGAUGCGGCCCGAGACCCCGAAGUUGCUGCUGCUGCAGCACAAGCAGGUAUCGACGUCAUGGACCAAGACGCAGUGGAGGAUGCGGAGGAUCUUGAGGGGAUCAUGGAACUCAUCGGCAUGCAAGGACCCCUCGUCGGAUUAUUCCAGAACGCGCUCUUCAGUGCUGUUUUGAUAUCCGCAACUGUUGCCGUGGCCGUCUGGAUUCCUUAUCUUUGGGGCAAGGUCGUUCUCCUCUCACUCGGCAGACCGGUUUGGCUAUUCCUCAAGCUACCUCUUCGCGUGCUCUCGGCCACGGCGGAUCUCAUUGUGGACUCAGUGCUCUUCCUUGGGGCAGCGGCCGUUUACUGGUCGAUUUUCGUCCUUCGGCUGCUGGUGCCUUUCAUUGGUACCCACAAGUCCUUCGACUCGGCAGCUUCAUCUACACGUACGGUUGCUGAGUCCGCUAUCGAGCGCGUAUCGAAAUUGUUCUCAAUUGCCGGCACGAGCAUGAACUCAGACUACCUCCACCUAUCCAUUAGCUCUCACGCUGCGCUUAGGUCGCUACAGCGGGGCUUCAGCGAAUGGUCAUACUCAGUCUGGAUAGGAUUCACCGAGGUUCACAGCAAGAUUACCAACAUGGAAUCCUUUUCCGUAUUCUCCGCUAUCGGUCGGUUCAUUGAUUCGAGUAUUUCAUUGGGCGCUGCUGUGAUCAACAGUAUCCGCGCAUCCUUACCUACCAUCUCAACGACAAAUGGCCUCUCUUUGAGACUCGACACCGGAAACAGCACCAUAGCAGCCAUGGAUCCCAAUUUCGAGUACUGGACACCCAGUGAUCGUAUUAUUGCGAUCCUGGCAGGUUACAUUUUCUUCGCGAUAGCUGGCGCUCUCUAUUUGAAGAGGGGCACUCCAUUCACCUCGUCACAGAAUGGCCGAAGAGUGGAGGGCAUUAUCUCAGAAGUCCUGCAGCAAGCUGGUGGGGUCCUCAAGGUAAUCUUGAUCAUCAGCAUCGAGAUGAUUGCAUUCCCUCUGUACUGUGGCAUUCUCCUCGACGGCGCCUUGCUGCCUCUGUUUGAGCAAGCAACAGUUUUCUCUCGGAUUGAGUUCGCCCGGACCUCUCCCUGGACCGCAGGAUUUGUUCACUGGUUCGUUGGCACCUGCUACAUGUUCCAUUUCGCACUUUUUGUCUCCAUGUGCAGGAAGAUCAUGCGAACCGGUGUCCUUUACUUCAUUCGAGACCCUGAUGACCCAACCUUCCACCCUGUCCGUGAUGUUCUUGAGCGGAGCGUCACUGGCCAGUUGCGCAAGAUUGCCUUUAGUGCAUUCGUCUAUGGUGCGCUGGUCAUCUGCUGCUUGGGUGGAGUGGUUUGGAGUUUGUACUACGGAUUUGAUGGCGUACUUCCGAUCCACUGGGCGACAAAUGAUCCGUCGAUGGAAUUCCCGCUGGACUUGCUCUUCUUCAAUUUCCUAACCCCUCUGGUCAUCAAACUCUUCAAGCCCAGUGAUGGUCUUCACGAGAUGUACCGGUGGUGGUUCCGCAAGUGUGCACGCGUUCUCAGACUUUCCGACUUCCUCUUCGGCGAGAAGAACCCAGAUGAGCGCGGUCGACACGUAAGACGUACUUGGGCAGCCUGGCUUCAGCGGAAGAAGGGCAACGUUGAGGAGCCCGUCAUCGGCUCCGAUCGUCAAUUGCUCGCAGAGGACCGGAACACUGAGGUGUACUUCCUUUUCGAUGGAAAGUAUGUUCGUGCACCAGCUUCCGAUCAGGUCCGCAUCCGCAGAGGCCAGUCUGUAUUCGUCGAUGUCGACGUCUUCGACAAUCGUCUGGACGGAAGAGCUGAGGAUGACCCGAUACACGGCAAGGACUCUGGUCUAACCCAAACGGUGUACAUCCCGCCACUAUUCCGCUUCCGCAUUUGUCUGUUCGUCGUUGCUAUCUGGCUCUUCGCUGCAGCCACCGGCGUUGGCGUUACUGUGAUACCCCUUCUCUUCGGCCGCCGUCUCUUUUCCAACUUCAUGCCCGAAGGCUCCCACAUCAACGACAUCUACGCUUUCUCAGUCGGCGUCUACAUCCUCGGCGCCGCCGCCUACGGCAUCUUCCACCUGCGCAACAUCUUCAGCCUCGCCGCCGACUCGGUGCGCCACCCCUUCAACACGACGUACUCGACCGUCUCGAUCCUGGGCCAGUACGCGGCGCAAGCCGCGUCGGUCGUCUACGUGUACGGCGCCCUCAUCCUCGUGCUGCCCGUCCUCUUCGCCAUCUUCCUCGAGUUCUACAUCCUCAUCCCGCUGCACGCCUACCUCGGCCCCGGCGAGACGCACGUCAUCCACAUCAUCCAGGACUGGACGCUCGGCUUCCUCUACGCGCGCAUCGCCGCCCGCAUCCUGCUGUGGAACCCGCGCUCGCUCAUCUCGCGCGCCCUCCAGGCCGUCGUCCGCGACGGCUACCUCCGCCCCAACGCUCGCCUCGCUUCCCGCGCUUUCGUCCUGCCUGUCGCCGUCUUCUUCGCCGCCACCCUGCUCGUGCCGCUCGCGGUGGCGAGAGUCGCUAAUGCGACGUAUUUCGUCGCCGCGUCCGAGGAGUCGAAGGCCAUGGUUUACACGCUUGUUUAUCCGCUGACCCUUGCGGUUGGGCUCAGCGCGUGGAUGGCGUGGGGCACUGUCCGUGCGACGGAGAGGUGGAGGCAGAGGAUUAAGGAUGAGGUGUAUUUGAUUGGGGAGCGGUUGCAUAAUUUGGGGGAGAGGAGGGCCGGGUCGGGGAUUGUGACGGCGCCGGAGGAGGUUGGUGGUGGUGUGGCGUGA